AUGGCCUUAUCCGUAUUGCCGCCGUCUUCGAGGAAACGGCUAUUUUUCUGCUUCAACUACAUUGCCAAAAUGGGCUUCGAGCGUCCGGCCAUGAAUCGUGUCUCGCUAAGCCGAAUGCUGAUAGCAGAUAUUGUCCACUCAGUUUCAGACUUGGUUGACUUCAAGCUCUGGCUCCGGCAGCAAGCCCAGGACGCAAUCCACCACAAUGACAGAUCAAAAUUGGCCAGCGGUCCCGUCUUUGCUGCUCUAUUGAGCGGCAACGGACUCACAGAAGAGAAAUUGCUAGAGCGGUUGGAAGAUGAGUCUUUCGUCUUAAUUGUAGCCGGUGAUUCGAAUUCCCAGACCAUGUGGCACUCUUCCCACCUGUUGAAAAACAAGCAGCUGAUGCAGAGUCAACCAGAUCAUACAUGGACAGAACCUUAG